AGGAGACUUACGCCACCAGCAGCGGUGCAGCCGAAACGUCCGAACAUGAAUAAAAUCGUACUGCUUUCUCUGGUAUCCUUGGCCGCGGCCAAGCCGGUGAUCGUGAACCAAGAUGUUGGGCACUACCUGAUGCAGUUUUAUGCCCCAUAUCCGAUUGAUCGAUCUGAUCAAGAGAGCGUCAGUACUUCCGCCAGCGGUAGCUACGGCGGUGGUUACGGGGGUGGUGAUUUCGGCGGCCACGGGGGUGGAGAUUUCGGCGGCCACGGGGGUGGAGAUUUCGGCGGCGGUCACGGGGGAGGAGGAUUUGAUGGUGGUGUCGGUGGGCACUUAGAAUCCUCUGGCGGUCAAUUUGACGGCGGUCAUCAGGAUUUCUCGUCGAUCGGCGGCGGUCACGGUGGUGGAUUUGACGGUGGUUACGGUGGUGACGAUGGUGGUCACGGGAUCUCCCUGGACGGUGGGCCCAAUCAUGUUCACAGUGUUCCCGUCUCUGAGCACAUCGAAGUGACGAAGCCUGUAGCCGUGCCUGUCUACAAACACGUCGGUGUACCGGUACCCAAACAAGUGCCGAUAGCUGUGCCACAUCCGAUUGCGGUAGGCGUUCCGCAACCUUAUCCAGUUCAUGUGCCCGUACCAAAGCACAUUCCCAUACAGGUAGUAAAGACGGUGGCUGUCCCGGUGGAGAAGAAGGUUCCUUAUCCUGUGGAGAAGCAUAUACCAGUACCCGUCGAGAAGCCAGUUCCUAUCACGAUCGAGAAACACAUUCCCGUUCCGGUAGUGAAGCCGUAUCCCAUUAAAAUUCCCGUCUACAAAACCAUUUACCAUCACGCGAAGAAAGAAACGAUGAAAAAAGUUAUUGUGCUGUUUGGAGUUAUUACUUGCUCCUACUGUUCCAAUUGGGACUUUGGAGGCCAUGGCGGAGGUGGGCUUACGUUGGGAGAGAUUUCUGUAAACCCUCAUGACUUGGGUGCUUUCAGUCUAGGAGAAACAGAUGAUCAUUCUUUAAAUUUUAUGGAAGAUCAUUCGCUAUUUUCAAAUAAAGUUAGUGGAUGGCAUUCGGAUAUAAGCAAUCUUCACGGAGGCCAUGUUAUUCCUGUUAUUGAACACAUCGGAGUACCAAUGAUCAAAAAAUUUCCAUUGAGAGUUUCGCAUCCAGUGGUGCAAACGGUUAUACAGCCUUAUCCUGUCGCCGUGGUGAUAUCGAAGCCCGUACCAUAUGAGGUGGAGAAGCCAAUAUUUAACACAAUUGAGAAAAAAGUACCGACGCCUGUUGAAAAAAUAAUUCCGGUUAAGAUCGAGAAGUUAGUGCCUUUUCACGUGGUAAAACAUGUACCUAUACCAGUCGAAAAACCGAUUCCAAUCAAGAUUCCAGUCUACAAAACAAUCGUUCACAAAAUCAAAGGCGCACCUUUCCUGUUCACCGAACCGAGUCGACUUGACGAAGAAAUCUUCGGCGAGUCGCGCCUUCGUCUGAGCAUCGACAUGAAUCAAAUUAUUUUAUUGUGGAGUAUCGCAUCGUUUAGCAGCAUAGUAUUCGCUGGCUACGACGAGGAUCAUGGUGGUUCCACAUACGAAGAAAAAACGAAGCAUGUGGAGAUACCAAUAAUUAAAAAAUAUGCUAUACCUAUUCCACAUCCUGUGCCGGUUGAAGUGCCUAAGGAAAUUAAAAUACCUAUACCCCAACCCUAUAAAGUACCAAUUGAGAUUCCUCACCCGUAUCCGGUCGAAGUGAUCAAACACGUUGAGAUUCCCAUUGAGAAACCUGAACCUGUCAUUGUGGAGAAGCAUGUACCUUAUGUCGUCGAGAAGCCAUAUCCCGUCUACGUUGAGAAAAAAUUCCCCGUGCCAGUGGCGAAACCAUAUCCCGUUCAUGUUCCGAUAUACAAACACGUAGUUCAUUAUACUUCAUCCAAGGGUAAAGGAUGGCAUUGA